AUGCUGGCACCCCAGAGCACAGCUCCACAGAGUGUGACGUUGGAGCCGUACAGGCCCCCUGUUCUUCCUGCUGGGAAAGUGUGUCAGAUGGUGGUAGCCUCUGUUGGGGAUGAUGGAAUUAUCUAUGGGAUGACCAGAAAUGCUGGAUUUGUAAAUACAGAGAAAGAAUUUGAGCAGCUUGUAGAGAACAUUCAGCAGCACGUUAAAAGUCUAGGACACCAGCAACCGUACACCUGGAAGCUAGGAGAGGGCUGUGCUGUGAGGGGCUCUGACAUGCUCUGGCAUCGAGGAAAAGUCUUGGAGGUUUUUGGUGGGUGUGUGAAGGUACGGUAUAUAGAUCAAGGGUUUAUCGAGAAGAUUCCGGUGUGCCACAUUUUCCCAACAGUUCUGUUUGAAGAGGUCCCACAGCUUUGCAUCCCCUGUCAGCUUUAUGGGCUUCUACCUGUUGGCAACGUCUGGCAGCCAGAUGCAGUUCACCUUCUUAAAGAAUUACUUCAGCAUAGAUACAUUAAUGUGGAUAUUAUGGAGCUGCCAAAAGACCCGAAAGAGAAGAUGUUGGUUCAGAUUCACUUUGAUGGCAUGUCACUUGCCACGAUAAUGGAGCAUCACCAGCAUGCUGUCCAGGAUAAAUCUGUUAUGUUGACAAAGCAACAUAUUUUGAAAUUGGCUGAUGAUGAAUUGGAGGAUUUUGACUUCAGUUACAAGGGCUUGGAAGUGGAUGAACCUGCUAUUGGUUUUUAUACCUACCCUGUGGUGCCCGACAAGGGAAAACUCUUUCCUGUGAUAGUGAAACACCUUGAGACCCCAAAUGUGGUAUAUAUAACUCUCGACGACAUGCAGGCCAAGCUAGAUUCUGAGGACUUGAAGGAAGCUUUAGAACGUGUUAAUCAGCAUGCAGACAGUCUUCCACCACUCUCAGACUUCAGUGCAGGAGCACCUUGUCUCGCCAAGUACAGUGAUGGACAGUAUUACAGAGCAAAGCUGGCUGGAUUUGAAAAUCUUAACCCAGUUAAGCUCCUUAUAAUACAUGUUGACUUUGGUUCUAUGGAUACUUUGACCACUGACAGACUUCGUCAGAUCCCAGCUGAGCUGCUGAACUUUCCUUGCCAGGCAAUCAAGGUGAAUCUGGCAGGGUUUCGACCUCCUGCUAUAGAUGAUGAAACCGAGAGAGUUCCAUACAAACCUGAGUGGAGUCUGGAAGCACUGUGGACCAUGCUAAGCCUAUUGCAGGGGAAAAAGCUGCUUGCUUUUAGAGUGUAUUGCAUGUAA